GGAGUAAAAAAGUGUUAUAUAUUGAAAAAACCAAUAAAAAGAAGAAAGAUUGAGUGUAAAAUAAAUACAGAAACGAUCAAUCCUUGCAUGUUACAUGUUCUUCUCUCACUUCCUGCAUGUCCAUCUUCAAUUAAAUAUCAAUAAAUUCAUUCAGGUUUCACUCUUUAUGUUUUUUUUACGUUUAUUUUUUAUAUUUAUUUUUGGCCUUAGUGAAGAGGAAUGCUUGUCACCUACUCCUUUUAUAGUUCCUAUACUCUCUCUUCUCUUUCUCAAAACAAAACCAAAUCACAACAAAAGUUAACUCUUAUUUUUCCUCUCUUUCUUCUUCCUUUCACCAUAUUUCAUGGACAAAUACAAGUGCAAACUUUGCAAUAGAAGCUUCAACAAUGGAAGAGCAUUGGGAGGUCACAUGAGAUCUCACAUGAUGAAUCUUCUUGUUACAAAACAAGAAGAUUCGUCAAGAAUGAUUCAACUUAGUUUUGAAGGUGAAUCAACUUCAUCUUCUUCAUCGUCAUCCGAAGAUGAUGACGAUGAAAAAGGUCUUAGUUAUGGUCUUAGAGAGAAUCCUAAGAGAAGCAUUCGUCUUGUAGAUCAAGAGUUCUCUUUUCCACCGGUGGAUACAAGUUCGGUGAUUCUUCAAGAUGUAGAAAGUGAAAGUGAAUCGUCGAAGAACAAUCCGACUCGCAAAAGAUCUAAAAGGGUAUGGAAAAUCCGUCACUUUGAUCAAAAGUAUUAUAAUGAAUCUAGUAUGAAGAAAGUGAAGUUUUUAAAUAAAAAUGACUCUUCUUCCGUUGUUGAUCAUGAACCGGGUAGUUCGGUUUCUGAUACAACAGAAGAAGAUGUUGCGUUUUGUCUAAUGAAAUUGUCAAGAGACAAAUGGGAUAGACAAAAUGAGCAAUACGAGGAGUACGCAGAAGAAGAAGAAGAAGAAAUAGAUGAUGAUGACGAGGAUCCUGAGAUCGAAGAAGAUGAAGAAGAGGAAGAAAUUGAUAGAUCUUUAGAAGAGAGUGAUGAAUCUCAAGAGCUAAUAAAAGUGAACAAGAGUAACAACAAAGUACGCAAAGGAAAAUACAAAUGUGAAACAUGUAACAAAGUGUUUAAAUCAUAUCAAGCAUUAGGCGGACACCGCGCGAGUCACAAGAAGAUUAAAACAAACAUAACAAUAGAAGAAUCAUCGCCCGAAUUUGAUGUUGUCGAGAAGAAAGUUCAUGAAUGUCCGGUUUGUCUUCGAGUUUUUAAUUCGGGACAAGCACUUGGUGGACACAAAAGAACACAUGUGAUGCAUGGAUCAACAACAUCAACAACAAUUCCAAUUUUUAGUACAAAAAAAGUUGGAAAAAGUGUUAUAGAUCUUAACCUCCCUGCACCAAUUGAUGAAGAUGAGGUUAGUCAAAUUGAGAAUUCUGCUGUUUCAGAUGCUGAAUUUGUCAAAACUCAUUAGACAUCAUGGAUGGUUUUUUUUUUUCCUUUCUCAAAAGGUAACAAAUUUUUUAUUUUAUUUAUUUUAAUAAUGUUUUGCAAAUUUUGUUAUACUUAAAAGUUACUCUAUACAAUAUUAUAAUAAGUAUAAUAAUUCUUGAAUUAUUUCAAUUUUGAACUGUAAUUCAGUUCUGAAUUAUAUGUAACAAAUUAUAGUCAUUGAUUAAUGGAGGAACCAAUUUUGUUAUGUUAUUCUGUUAUAGCUUCCAAGCAAAUACAAAGU